UAUGAAAGAGACAUGGAUCAUUAUGAGCAGCUCAUGAAUCGUAUUAAGACCUUGGAGCAAGAGAACACGUUGCUGAGAAGAUUCGUUGACCCCGAUUCAACCCAUCACGGGCCACCAUUUUUUCAGGUGCUCUAUCGUUUCGAGGGGAACGACAGGGUCUUCCUGAGGCCGCCUACAUGGACGCGGAAUGCUUCACAGGGAAAAAUCCGGUAUACCUUGAGAGGAGAUCCUCUUUCCAUGAAAGCGGACGAAUACUUGAAAAGGAGCAGGAAUCUUGCCUUUGCAAUUUUCAAGACUUAUGUCUUCGAGCCGGUAGAUGAUCCACCGAAAGAGCAUGACCAGGAACCUGAUAUGUGGCCAAUUCCUGAGCCUGAAGCCGAAACCAUUUUCUUCGUCUCCGAUUAUAUGAGAGAAGCUCUCGAUACGUAUUUGGACGAGCAACCGAAGUUCAAAGAGCUGUUUCCACGAUUCGAUUUGGAAAAGGAAAUUCCGGCUCCUUACCUGUUCUGGUAUUGCUGUCGAUCCUCGCAUGACACUAUCUUGAAGGGGCUGUCCCCUCGUCAUAGGGGUCUGAUGGAGCUAUUUGCUCAUUGGAUAACCUCCAACUAUGAGAGCGAGUAUACGCAUGUAGACAACCAGAUUUCUGGAGGCGUUAUCUCCCCUGCAUCUAUAAAAUAUCUUGUGAAGCCGGGCGACGUGCUUGUGUCUUCCAAAAAAGCCGAUUUCCAAGCCUACAUGGCUACAUCAUGGGCUGAGCAAAGUAAGACCGCGAAAAAAAAUAACAAAGGCGAGAACUGCAUAGAAGUGCAACAGACUUGGCAUGUGGUUGCCUGGUCAUACGACUAUGAUGGAUCAUUCUACCGUAAGAGUACGGUUUUGGAUAUUGAGAUCAACGUCGAAGACCCCACCGAAGAGAUCGCGCUGAGAGAUUUGAGUGUCUUUCCCAUGCGAUACGCUGAUCAAGGCACCCAACUGAGACUUGAGCAGAGGGGACAGACGUAUUGGGAGUGUCGGAAGAAGAAAUUCGUCUCUCGCAGGAGCAGCAAUGAUAUUGAAUCAAUGACCAACAACAACGAGAGGUUCAUGAUUGAUUUCCCAACAUACAAACAACUCCAUUUUUCCGAACCAAAAAUACCUCGUAUAGUGGGGAAGGGCGAACAGAUUUCAGCCGAGCGGAUGGACCUCGAUGAACCGCCACCGGCCCCAGAGCUGUUUCUCUUCCCAACCACGAUCAUCGGAUUCAACCUCCGUCGAAAGAAGUGGGUAAAUCUGGAAGUCGAUCUAAUCCGGAAAGUCGAGUGGAACAAGCAAGCGUUUGAAAGCCUCGUCGUCGAGGAGGAGACCAAAGAGCUCGUCCAAGCCCUGGUCACCAACCGGCUCGAAGCCGAGAGGGGCACAGACAUGAUCGACGAUAAGGGCAACGGCCUAACAAUCCUCCUGCACGGGGGCCCCGGAACCGGAAAGACUUUCACCGCGGAAAGCGUCGCCGAAUUGGCCGAAAAGCCGCUCUACAGAGUGACCUGUGGAGACAUCGGCACCCAUCCCGAAGAAGUCGAACAGUACCUCGAGUCCGCGCUUCACCUGGGCAAGAUCUGGGGCUGUGUCGUGCUGCUGGAUGAGGCGGACGUUUUCUUGCAAGAACGCACCCUGUCGGACUUGAAACGCAAUGCACUCGUCACCGUCUUUUUGCGCGUGCUUGAGUACUACGAUGGUAUCCUGAUCCUCACGUCAAACCGCGUGGGCACCUUCGACGAGGCCUUCAAAUCCCGCAUCCAGCUCUCCUUACACUACCCAAACCUCAGCCAGUCUCAACGCCUCAAGGUCUGGCGGAACCUUAUCAAUCGCCUGAAAAGGCUUGAUCAGCCGAGUGUUGAUUUUGAUGACGUUGAAUGCUACGUAGCGGAGCUGGCUGAGAAGAACAUGAAUGGGCGUGAAAUUCGCAACGCCAUCACAACCGCUCGUCAGUUGGCGAAGUUCAAAGGCAAGAAAGUGUCACACGCGCACUUGAAGCACGUCAUCAAUGUCGCCGGCAGAUUUGAAACGUAUUUGUCGACUCUGAAAGAAGGGUUCACAGACGAUGACAUCGCGAGGGAGUCGGGUCUCCGAUGAGAUCUAGUAUCAAACAAUCCAAGGCUGAAGUGAUCUCUGCGAUAAUUCUCCAUUGUAUAUCUCCAGCAUAUUGUUAUUGCAC